CGCAUUGUUUCAUCGUGUAUGUAGAGACGGUGUGUUAGCCACAUUCUAUGUGUUAUGAUAACGUCCAUAAAUAACUAUUAUAAAUAAAUAAAGGGAUUGAUUUAUUUAUGGAUUACAUCAUUAUCACGUGUUGUGGUUACCGUGGAGAAUGGAGUGCUAACGGCCCCUUGUAAGUGAAUAGUUGGCAAAUGGGGAAUAGAUAAAUCGGUGCUACACCUACCAGAUCACGCACAAUGCCAGGUUCCUGCGGAAUCGAGUUCGAAAAGCAAAUAUACCUUCCAGGGGAGGUUGUCAACGGAAAGGUUCACUGUACAUUUGCUGCCGACUGCAAAACAUAAAAAUUACUUUUUCCGGGCGGAUAAAAGUCGCGUGGAAGGCGGGCAGAGCGACAAUAUAUAAACUAGAGCCCCUUUUCAAAAUGGAAUCCAGUCUACUGCUGUAUGAAACAAGCUUCACACCAGGAUACUACGUCUACCCGUUCACGUUUAACUUGCCGGACAACCUUCCAUCUUCAAUUGAGGUACUCUACGGAAGCGUGAAGUACAAGGCGCGCGCGAAGAUCGACAAGAAAUGGUGCAUAAACGAUACCUGUGUGAAGGUCUUCAACGUCUACAGCUGCUGUUACCUCGGCUCGAUGAGUAGCUCUCCCAUCGAGAGCGUGAAAGAGAAAAUUCCUCUUUCGCUAGGCGGCGCGGGAUCGAUAAGGCUCACCGUGAAAUUAUCAAACAAUUGCUACGCGCCCAAUCAGAUGAUCCCAUUCAUCGCGACCGUUCGUAACAAUUCCGGUACGACGGUGAACGAGGUGCGCUUCAAGUUCGUGCAGGGCUUUACGUUCGAGGUGAAAGAAAGGACGACCGAGACGAUACAGACGGAGACGCAAGAAUUGGCGGUGAUCGAUAGCGUCGUCAACCCUCGAGACGAGAGGUUUUGGAAUCUCGAGCUGAGGAUCCCGGCGGAUACGUUCAUUGGCAAUAUGCCCAACUGUGAUUGCAUGAAGAUCUUUUGGAAGAUAAAGGGCGAAGUGUAUCUGCCUUUUCCUCACAGGAAUAUGCACAUAGAUGUUCCCUUACUUCUCGGAUCUGCUGCCUCGCCUAACAGUGCCUUGUAACUAAUCGGUACUAUAAUGAGUCUCGUUAUGUUGUUUGUUAAAGUUGCUUUGAGUAAUUACAAAAUAACAGCUAUGCAUUUAUGGCUAACAUUCCUUAGUGAAUGCGCCUUUAAAGAGUAUUUUUCUAAUUUUACAAUGUUGUAGUUUAUGAAUAAAGUUUUAACUCACUAAAA